UAGCCAACCAACUCCAUGUCAACGGAGUUCUGCCCUGGCCGGGGGACAGGGAGGCGUCUGGGGCUGAGCUCAGAGUUGGGGCUGGGGCUUCCGAGGAAGAUGCCGCGGUCCAGGGGGCCCCGCCUCGUCCCACUGCUGCUGCUGCUGCUCCUGCUGCUCCCCGAGGCACUGUCCACAGCUGCCAGCCAAGCGUCUGCCAAGAGCAAGAGGCCGAAGGAGCCCGGAGAGAACAAAAUCAAGCCGUCCAACAAGCGAGGGAAGCCGACCCUGGCCCCCGGGAAGGACAGGGACUCUGUGGCCUCCGUGCCCAAGACCUCAUCCAUCAUGAUGCAGGUGAUGGAGAAGGGGCGCUUCCAGAAGCCAGCCGCCACGCUGAGCCUGGCCGCUGGCCAGACUCUGGAGCUGAGGUGCAAAGGGAACAAGAUAGAGUGGAAUUACCCUGAGUACCUGGACACCUUCAAGGACUCCCGGCUCAGUGUGAGGCAACAUGAGCGGUACGGGCAGCUGAUCCUGGCCAACGCCACGGCUGCGGACACCGGGGAAUACAGCUGCUGGCUGCAGGUGUGCACCGGCUACGUGUGCAGAAAGGACGACACCAAGACGGGAGCCACGUACAUCUUCUUCACAGAGAAAGGCGAGCUGUUUGUGCCGUCUCCCAGCUACUUUGGCGUGGUCUACCUCAACCCAGACAGAGAAGCCGUGGUCCCUUGCCGCGUGACCGUCCCAUCAGCCAGGGUCACCCUGCACAGGGAGUUCCCAGCUAAAGAGAUCCAAAGCAAUGGGAGCAUCGUUUAUGACAUGAAGAGGGGCUUUGUCUACCUGCACCCUCAGCCUGAGCACCAAGGGGUGGUCUACUGCCGGGCAGAGGCCCAUGGGGCCCCCCAGAUUUCCAUCAAAUACCAGCUGCUCUACGUGGAAGUCCCCAGUGGGCCCCCCUCCACCACCAUCGUGGCCUCCUCCAGCAGAGUGAGCGGUGGGGAUGACAUCACGGUCCUGUGCACUGUCCUGGGCGAGCCGGACGUAGAGGUGGAAUUUCGGUGGAUCUACCCAGGGCUGAAGGAUGAAAGGCCUGUGACGAUCCAGGACACGUGGAGACUGGUCAGCCGAGGCCUCGGGCGCACCACACGGCUGUCCCAGAGCGUCCUCAUGCUGCGGGACUUUGAGACCGUCGACGCCGGCUACUACAUGUGUACAGCUCAGAACCUGCACGGGCAGACCACCGUAGCCACCACCGUGCAGUUUUCCUGAGGCAGGCGGGGCGUGGAGGGUCAGUCAUUCAAAGGCCUGGGCUCAUAGAGGGAACUCCGAACACUAACAGCUGACGUUGAUGUAGCCAUUUGAGGUUUGCAAGGUGCUUUACAAAUAGUGUCUCCUUUGGGCCUCUCAAGUGCCCUGGGAGGUAGGUGCUAUUGUGACCCCCGUUUUACAGAUGGGGAAACUGAGGCAGGGUGGUCACAGCUCUGCCAGCUUAUUUGGAUCUGUGCUUAGCCAAAGGCUGCUGCCAAACUUUCUAUCCUUGUGUGUAGGUCUCAGACAAGGGCCCCAAGCAGACCAGAAGCCAUAAGGUACAGGAGCAUGGUCUCCCCUGUCGUCAUGUCUCCCGUAAGAUAUGGUUUGAAGGGGCUUUCUUCCAUUUAUGUGCUUCUGACUCUUGGUCCUGAAUGAACACUCACAUGUAUGGAGUUGAGCAAUGUAAUCACUGAAUAAAACGUCAAGUUUGUUUCAAAGGUAAA